UCGUAAUCCGAUAAAUGUCUGGCGGGCUUGAUCCUGGGUGAUCCUGGCCAGCCAUUGGCCGAUUCCUCUCGACGAAUCAUGGGUCAGGGAUGCUGUCAACAAUCCCGGGCCGGCUUUCCAGCGGAGGUGAGUAAGUUUAAGUAACGAAUGGAAGUAACCCCUGGCAACCUGCUGCUCCCCCUGAUAUCUAUCCAUCCAUCCAUCAAGCUGCUCCCCCACGCCCGACCCCGGAAACCCGCGAGUGAACUACCCACCCAUGGCUUCUCCCCUCGUCGGCCUCCCCAAAAUCUAUGCGAGCCAGGGGAACAAGUGUGUCCCGCCCACCAACGACUUCCUCCUCGGCACGUGGCAUGUCACCCACUCCAGCCUGCCCCUGUGGAAAGGCAAGUGCAACGUCAACAUCACCUACCAGAUGCUGCCCCUCACUUCGGUCGGUCCGAUGAAGCUCGAUGACCUGGUGAGGUACCAAGUCAUCGGGUCGGAGAAUGUGAAGACGGUGCAUGGCGUGGAUACGCCGACCCCGGGGAACCCCGGCGCCUGGGACUGGCGGGGCAAGGGCUGGCUGAUCAUCGCCAGCUCGCACUGGGAGUGCCUCGGCUUCGGCAAUGCCGCCGAUGGCAACCAGUGGCUGGUCACUUAUUUCGCCAAAACCCACUUCACCCCGGCCGGCAUUGACAUCUACUCGCGGACCAAGGAAGGACUUCCCCAGGCUAUGAUUGACGCGAUCCUCACGGCGCUCCAGGGCCUUGGGGUGGAGGAAAUCACGCAGCUGGCCAGCAGUAUCUUUUCGAUCCCGCAGAUUAGCUAGCUAUUCAACUCAGCCCGAUGUCGGUUUAGGUAGUGAGAAUGUUCAGCAAUGGCUAUAAUUCUUCAUCUGCUCAUCCAGAAUGCAACUGAUCAUGUGUUAAGUACCCCGGUGGCGUCAGGUUGCAGACGGUGGGCUGUUCCUUGCAGCAGGUCGGAAGACACUGCGGGGGGCCCUCCACCGGAGAAAGACGAGAAGAGAAGGAUGGGACUUGCAGGAGACCCUGGCAGCAACCCUGAAGAAGUGUCAGCUUAAAUUAACCGACGGACCAUUUCUCCCCCAAUCAUGGCCUGUCAUCUGGACUCUGCAGAAAGCCCCUCUUUCCCUCGCCCCAGCAUAUAUGUAGCGCCCUGGCUUCAG